AUGCAGGGGCAAGGCAGUCGCAAUGGCGACGUCGGCGACUUCAAGAACUUGGUGCCGACCUGGGACGGAAAGCCAGAAACCUUCAGCCACUUUGUGACGGAGAUUCGCUGGGCGCUGAACAGCACCAAGAAGGAUGAGCGAGCCCUGCUGGCGUCGCGCAUCGUGCGCCGCGCUCUUCAGAGCGAGCAUCCAACCUUGGUUGCGCUGCUGUACAAGUUGGACCCUGAGGAGUUCAACAGUGAAGAUGGCGUCGAGAAGCUGGUGAAGUUCCUGGAAGCCAGUCCGAUGAAUCGGCAGCCGCUUCCGGACGCUGGCAACAAGAUCGGUGGAUACUACCGACGCCUUCACAAGAAGCCUCAAGAGGCUAUACGAGCGUUCUUGGUUCGAGAAGACCGUGUCCAAAAUGAGAUGCUGCGAGUUCUCCAGAGGCUCCUUAGGGAGCGAGAGCUGACCUUUGAUGACUACGAAGUGGACGUGGAUGAGCUGAAGGCUUUCUGUGGCAUCCCUAAGGGGAAGUCAUUCUACUUUGGUCCCGUUGAGGGGACCGACGCUGAAGAAGACAACCAGGAAGAGGCCGAAGAGGAAGAAAGUGGAGUCCGAACACCGACCCCCGAAAGUUCUCAAGGGAGACCUUUUUCCCGAUCCUCAAGGGAUCGAAGGAGUAGCUCCAGAGGGAGCCGCUCAAGUGCAGACCAGUCCGCCAAAGGGGACGACAAGAAGAAGCCUAAGGGCAAGGACUUGCUGCAACGUCGCAUGGAGAAAGGCCUCAUGCCGCUGGCCACCUUGGAUGUGAUCCGGGGAUGGAUGAUCCUUGAGAUGAGCACCUCUACGAUCAAGGCAGCCACCCGCAACAAGCUGGGGUACCAUGAGAUCAAGCAGGCCCUCCUCUCCAUGUACGAGGACCGUGGCUCCAAGGGGAGCCGACCUUUCAACUUUGGACAUGGAGGGUGGACCCAGAAGCAUGGUACGAUGACGACGGACGGUGAAUGGGUCCCCGAGGAUGCGGAUGAAGAGGGCGACAGUGAGCCAGACGCCGCUUUGGCGCACCUUCAAGAAGAGCAGCAGGAGAUAGAAAAGGAAAGACAGGAGAUUGAGGCCAUGAUGGCGGCGGAGAACGACCGCAAUCUUCAGGAAGCACGUGUGGCACAACGAACCUUCAAGCCUACCUCCACCUACAUGGCCAAGGGCAAGCACGGCGGCCAUCCUAAGGGAGGCCACCCCAAGGGCAAGGUCAAUUACUCCGAAGAAGCCCACUUCGCUAAAGGCGGAGGCAAGAACAAGGGCAAGUGGAACGUGCCGUCUUGGGGCAAAGGCAAGGGCCACAAAGGUGGCAAGCACAAGAAGGGCGAUACCAACUGCCACUUGCUGACCAUGACGAGUCCGACUAUGUUCUUGCAGCCGCUGAGGGGGCUAAUCCGCUCAGCGCUUCUGAGUCCUUAG